AUGCAUCUUUCUAAGGCAUUCCUCGCUGCGGCGACCCUCCUUGGUUCGCUCGCGCAAGUGAACGGAGCCAUCAUUCCGGAGAAGUUCAAGCGGGCAACGGUGUGCAAUGGACGCGCCGAGUUUUGCGACCGAUCCUACGCCAACAUCACGUACCUCGCCUCGCACGAUUCCGCGUUUUUCUCCAAAGAUCCUCUAGCCCUUGCGAGGACGCAGGAGAUAGAUAUCCCGUCGCAACUUCAGUUCGGCGCGCGUAUGCUCCAGGCGCAAGCUCAUACUGACCCCCUUGACGAUGAUGCUUUGCACUUCUGUCAUACGAGCUGCUUUCUGUUUGAUGGAGGCCUUGUAUCCGACUAUCUGAAGAAGGUCAAGACGUUCAUGGACGCAAACCCGAACGAGGUGGUUACCCUCCUCUUCACGAACGGUGAUGGUCUCUCCAUGAAUAAAGUAUGGAAACCCGCCUUCGUUGAGGCCGGAAUCGAUCAGAUCGCCUUCGUGCCUCCGACGCCGGGUACACCGAUCAAGCAGUCAGACUGGCCCACGCUCGGCGACAUGAUCGCAUCCGGCAAGCGCGUUGUGGUAUUCAUGGACGCUGGCGCCGACGACGCGACCGACAAUGUCGACUUCAUCAUGCCGGAGUUCCAGAUGAUCUGGGAGCCGCCGUUUUCGUCGACCGACCCGUCCUUCCCCUGCAAGGUGGACAGGAUCAACGGGCCGCUUGACACCGCCGACCACAUGUACAUGAUCAACCACAACCUGAACAAGGAGGUGCUCGGCAUCGAUAGCAUCCUCACCAGUGACCCUAGAGAUGCCGCGACCACUAACGGCGUUACCUCAAUUCUUGCUGACGCCAAUGGUUGUACCUCGUUCGGUGCUGGUCGCGCUCCCGCGUUUGUGCUGCUCGACUUCAUCACCCGAGGCGAGGCGCUCAAGGCCGUGGACAUCCUCAACGGCUUUAGCUCAUGA